AUGAAUAUUCGUAGGCAGCAAGUCGUUGAAAUGUUCUACCACGCCUAUGAUGGAUACAUGAAACAUGGGUUUCCUUUGGACGAGCUUCGACCGUUGUCCUGUGACGGAAUCGACACUUGGGGCAGCUAUUCCCUUACACUCAUCGACGCCUUGGACACUUUGGCAAUUUUGGGCAACCACAGCGAAUUCCGCCGUGUCGCAGAUCUCCUCAUCAGCUCCCGGAAGAAUUUCGAGGCCAAUAUCAACGUUUCUGUCUUCGAGACGAACAUUCGGAUUGUUGGAGGCCUUAUCAGUGCUCAUCUUUUUGCGAGAAGAGCAGGGAUGGAUUUGGAUCCCGGCUGGCCCUGCAAGGGCCCCCUGCUGGACCUGGCCGUCGACAUUGCCCGACGUCUCCUGCCCGCCUUCGACACGCCCACGGGGAUGCCGUUCGGCACCAUCAAUUUGGCACACGGCGUGCCCAAGGGCGAGACUCCAGUCACGUGCACAGCCGGGGUUGGCACGUACAUUGUGGAAUUUUCAGCGCUGUCCCGACUCACUGGGGACCCGAUUUUCGAGGACGUGGCCAUGCGGGCCAUGAAUGGCCUCUGGAGUCGCCGGUCGAGCAUUGGCUUGUUUGGCAAUCACAUCGACGUGUCCACUGGCAAGUGGACCGCCAUCGAGUCCGGGAUCGGCGCCGGUGUGGACUCGUAUCUGGAAUACAUGGUGAAAGGCGGAAUAUUGAGACGGGACCCGGUGUUGCUGGAGAUGUUUGACUACGCGCGGAAGCCCAUUCGGGACUACUUGGAGCACGGCGGGUGGCACUUUUGGGGCACCAUGUCCAGGGGUGCCAUCACCAUGCCGGUGUUUCAGAGUCUGGAGGCGUACUGGCCCGGCGUCCUGAGUCUCAUUGGCGACAUUGGAUCCGCCAUGGCGUCCCUCAAGAAUUACCGCCUCGUGUGGAAGCAGUUUGGGUUCACGCCGGAAUUCUACAGUGUGCCGACUCAAGAAGUGGGAUCCCGACACGGGUACCCACUGCGACCCGAACUCGCAGAGUCCGUCAUGUACUUGUACCGGGCAACCCGGGACCCCUUUGUGCUCGACAUGGGCGUCGACAUCCUGGCGUCCAUUGAGCACAGCGCCAAGACUGCCUGCGGCUAUGCGACGGUGAAGAACGUGCUCACGCACCAGCUCGAAGACCGGAUGGAGUCCUUCUUCCUCGCGGAAACGGUCAAGUACUUGUACUUGCUCUUCACGCCCGAUCAUUGGAUCCACAAUCCGGGUGGCAGUGGAGUGCGGGUCAGCGUGGAGUCGGAUUUUGGCGACUCGAGGACGUGCGUGGUGGAGUCUGGAGGGUGA